GUGCGGCGCCGGCCGCUCCCAGCUGAGCGCUCAGCUGACCCCGCCGGCCGAGGGGCCGGGCCGCGCCGCCGCUCCUCACUGGCGCAGCGCGGGGCCCGGGCAGGCCGCGCCCGCCCCCGCACCACCUCCUCCUCCGCGCGCAGCCCCGCGCCGCCCACCGCCGCCGUUGCGCCCGUCGCCGCCCGCACCUCCCCGCAGCCUGCCCCGAUGUGCUGAGCCCGCGCGGCUCCAGACCCGGCCCCUUCCCGGCCGCGCCGCCAUCUCCCCGCGCCGGCCGUUGGAGCCGCCCGCCUCGCAUCCAGGGAGCCGGCGGGAGGAGGAGAAGCCAAGCCCGCCGCCAUGGACAGCCCCGGCGGCGUCACCGACAAGAAGAGGAUUAGCUCAGAACGCAGAAAAGAGAAGUCAAGAGAUGCAGCCCGCUGCCGAAGGAGUAAGGAAUCAGAGGUAUUCUAUGAGCUUGCCCAUCAGCUGCCUCUGCCCCACACCGUGAGUGCACACCUGGACAAAGCAUCCAUUAUGAGACUGACCAUCAGCUACUUGCGCAUGAGAAAGCUGCUAGAUGCUGGUGAGCUGGAGACAGAAGCCAAAAUGGAGAAGGAACUGAACUGUUUCUACUUGAAAGCUCUUGAUGGAUUUGUCAUGGUUCUGUCUGAAGAUGGGGACAUGAUUUACAUGUCUGAAAAUGUGAACAAGUGUAUGGGACUCACUCAGUUUGAGUUGACGGGGCACAGUGUGUUUGAUUUCACUCAUCCAUGUGACCAUGAAGAGCUGAGAGAAAUGCUUACACACAGAAAUGGUCCUGUGAAAAAGGGCAAAGAGCAAAAUACAGAGCGCAGCUUUUUUCUCAGAAUGAAGUGUACACUGACUAGCAGGGGAAGGACAGUGAAUAUAAAGUCUGCUACAUGGAAGGUACUCCACUGCACUGGACACAUACGUGUGUAUGACACAUGUGGUAAUCAAACUCACUGUGGCUACAAAAAGCCUCCCAUGACGUGUCUGGUGUUGAUCUGUGAACCUAUUCCUCAUCCAUCAAACAUCGAGGUCCCCUUGGACAGUAAAACGUUCCUCAGUCGUCACAGUCUUGAUAUGAAAUUUUCAUAUUGUGAUGAAAGAAUUACAGAGUUGAUGGGGUAUGAGCCAGAGGAACUCCUGGGUCGCUCAAUCUAUGAGUACUAUCAUGCGCUGGAUUCUGAUCAUCUGACCAAAACACACCAUGACAUGUUCACCAAAGGACAGGUGACAACAGGACAGUACAGAAUGCUUGCUAAACAAGGUGGCUAUGUCUGGGUUGAAACUCAAGCAACUGUUAUAUACAACACUAAGAAUUCUCAGCCACAGUGCAUAGUGUGCGUAAACUAUGUGUUGAGUGGAAUUGUUCAGAAGGACUUGAUUUUUUCCCUUGGACAAACUGAGUGUAUGCUGAAACCAGUGGAGUCUCCUGAUAUGAAAAUGACCAAAAUAUUCAGCAAAGAUGACCUGGAAGAUACCAACAGCCUAUUUGAAAAACUUAAGCAGGAACCAGAUGCUUUAACUGUGCUGGCCCCAGCUGCUGGAGACACAAUUAUCUCUCUAGAUUUCAGCAGUAAUGAGUCUGAUGAACAACAAUGUGAUGAAGUUCCUUUGUAUAAUGAUGUAAUGCUCCCCUCAUCCAGUGAGAAAUUGCAGAAUAUAAAUAUGGCAAUGUCCCCACUACCUGCUUCUGAAACUACAAAGCCACUUCGUAGCAAUGCUGAUCCUGCACUCAAUAGAGAAGUUGUAUCAAAGCUGGAGCCAAACACAGAGCCACUCGAACUUUCUUUUACCAUGCCUCAGGUGCAAGAGCAACCAACCAGCCCUUCUGAUGCAAGUACCAGCCAAAGUUCACCUGAGCCCAGUAGUCCCAACAACUACUGCUUUGAUGUGGAUAAUGAUAUGGCUAAUGAAUUCAAACUGGAAUUAGUGGAGAAACUCUUUGCAAUAGAUACAGAAGCAAAAAAUCCAUUCUCUACUCAGGAAACUGAUUUAGAUUUGGAGAUGUUGGCUCCUUAUAUCCCAAUGGAUGAUGACUUCCAAUUGAGAUCCUUUGAUCAGCUAUCUCCACUGGAAAGCAGUUCUUCUGGCUCUCAGAAUGCAGCCACCAUUACCAUAUUCCAGCAGACUCAAACACCAUCAAGUACUGCUGAUGAAAUAAAACCAGCGACGGAAUGUGUGGAUGAUGUGAAGACGCUAAUUGUUCCUUCAUCUCCUGUUCAUAUAAUCAAUGAAACGAGUAGUGCCCCGGGGUCACCUUACAGCGGUAACAGGAGUCGAACUGCAUCUCCAAUCAGGGCAGGAAAAGGAACAUCGGAUCAGACAGAAAAAUCUUGUCCUGGAGCAUCCAGUUUGCUAACAGUCACUCUGAAUAAAAGAUCUACUGCAAUGGAUGAAGAACUAAAUCCAAAGAUGCUAGCUUUGCAUAAUGCUCAGAGAAAACGAAAAAUGGAACAUGAUGGUUCACUUUUUCAGGCAGUUGGAAUUGGGUCUUUAUUCCAGCAGACAGGUGACCGUGGAGGAAAUGCAUCACUUGCUUGGAAACGUGUAAAGGGAUGCAAAACAAAUGGUCAUAAUGGAGUGGAGCAAAAGACAAUCAUUCUACUAUCAACUGACAUAGCAAGUAAACUUCUAGGGCAGUCGAUGGAUGAAAGUGGGCUACCCCAACUCACGAGUUACGAUUGCGAAGUAAACGCUCCCAUACAAGGCAACAGAAACCUGCUACAGGGUGAAGAACUGCUCAGAGCUCUGGAUCAAGUUAACUGAGCUUUCACAAUACUUGUUCCUUUUUUGGACACUGGUGAAUCAUCACCUAAAGCAGUCUAUUUAUAUUUUCUAUAUCUGAUUUUAGAAGCCUGGCUACAGUACUGCACUAAUUCAGUUAGUUCAGUUUUGAUCCCCUUUCUACUUAUUUUGACAGUCUUUUUAAUAUGUUCUUUAUGUAACAAUAACUCAAACUAUAGUGCGUUUUUAUAAUUCUUUGGUACAUACACUUUUAAGUCCAUUACAUUUAAAACACUCUUGCAAUAGCAGCUUUGAAAUAUGCACCUGAUCUAAAAAAAAGUAUAAAUAUUUAUUUUUUGGCUGGGGAGUUGGUCACCAAAACUUAGUAGUAAAAUGUCAACACAGGAAAAACUGGCAAUACUUCCACUCUGCUUUUCAUAGGUAGUUGGAAGACUUGUGUUCUCUUACUCUUUAUGUUCAAAUAAGUUUUUUAUUUUAAUAGUUUUUAUAAGAAACAACAAUGCUUUGCAGCAGUGCAUUGUAGCCACAAUCGCACAAUAUAUUUUCUUAAAAAAUACCAGCAGUUCCUCAUGCAAUAUAUUCUGCAUUUAUAAAAACUAGUUUUUAAGAAUAAUCCUCUUUUGUUUGCCUAUGAAAUCAUAUUUAAACCUGGAUUAUGUCAUUAUUUUAGUCACGUUGUAAUAUAAAUUGUUCUUAAAUGCUGUCUUAUGCUUUUGACUUAAAUGAGUGUGGUUAGUCAAAGGAAAGGCUUUAUCUGGAAAGGGCUAGCAGCAUUUUAUUUGGAUUCGUUCUCAAUUUAGGAAAGUUUGAUGUUAUUAAAGUAGUCACUUUGCCAGCUUAAAAAAAAAAUAAAAUUCCCCUGCCUGUAGUUGUUGAAGUUAAUGCUAAUAUUGUGUAUGAUCUUAAAUCUAAAUGUUCAGCUUACCCUGUGUGGUAUAGGUGAUAUUUCAAGCAGAUUGUAACACAUCUUGCAUUGUUAGCAAAGUUUUAUCUAGUACAUCAUUGAGUUGCUCAGUAUUUUGAUGUUUUGGUUUUAUGCACCUUGUUGCUAUUAACAUCCAUAUGUUUUCAUGUAGAUUUCAAUAACUUGAAUAUAUUUAGCAGCCUUUUUAUUUAGAAAUAUAUAGUUGUCACAAACAUCUUAAUUUCCUAUAUGUACUGUACAAAACCUUCAUUCACUCAUUCUUUUGCUCUUUGUGGUUGGAUCUAACACUAACUGUAUUGUUUUCUUACAUCAAUAAACUAUAUGUGGACCAGGCCCCCUUGGGGAGUGUGUUAUCUGAGAGAAAUGAGAUAAUUUAUAUUUUUGUUAGUGGUUAUUGUUCAUCCGUGUUCCCUUUUUAACUUAGAGUUGAUUGGAAAUCACUGCUCCCUUAUUUUGAUUGUAACAUCUCUGUGUUAAUUAUUUGAGCCUGUUCAGUACUGAAGUCUCCUAGACAGUGUUGUACUACCACUCGCCAAAGAUGUUUAACUUUUAAAUCUGUUAUCACACCAGUUAGCAAACUUCAAAGUGAGGAGACAGACAGCAUAUUUGUGUUACUGCAGAGUGGAAAGAUUCUUCCUUGUGAACAGCUUAAUGGCUUGUCUCUGGAAGCUUUAUCAAGGUAACACUGGAAAGCAGGAAAAAGUAAAAUUCACGGGACUGAUCAGGUAAAGAUAGAUUUUUCUCACAAAACUGCAUGAUUACAAAAUUAAGCUGAUGCUUGAUGAUAAGCUUGUUCUGCAUUCUUGUGCUGUUGACUCAUAACUUUAACUAGGUGACUUCUCAUUUUGCUGCCAUAAGACACAAUGCUACUGAUAGAACCUUGUAAUGUGUAAGUAUGGUCAAGAUAAAUGUGCAUUCUUCAAACUAUUUUAAAAAUUAUCUCAAUGUAAGACAUCACAUGUGGAGUGUCACAAGAAUGAUUUUGGUUUUAUUUUGAAACUUUGGCUCGUUAGACUCCUGCAAUCAAUAUAAUGAAUGGUACAUAAGUUUUAACCUGUUUUCUAAAAAUUACUGUUUCACUAAAAUGAGCAGUUUUGAAACUGAAAUAACUGUAUUAAACUAAGUGGAGACUAUUAGCUACCAAAUUAAAAAAAAAAGAUAAGGCACUAGUAGCAGAAGAUGGUUGCAUACUUAAAGUUUUGAGUAGAAGUUGCACAGAGGAGAAAGCAUGUAGGUGCACUAAGCCAGAGUUGAAGCUUCGUGCAGAGAACAUUUGAAUAUAUACACCUGCUGCUGAAUACUACAGAUCUUUAAUGCAACCAUUAAGUGUACAAAGCUUAUAAAGUUCUCUGCAUAAAAGCAGCAGAGCUACUGUGUCCCUGCUGUGUGAGGUCUCAGAGAUGAUGUUCUAUCAGCAGUUAAAAGGUUUUAACAGUGAAGUUGCUAAAGGCUUAGGUAAAGAACCUGCUGGUAAGGGCAUCCCCUUCUGCUCAGCUCUAUGUGGAUUGAUGUGAUGCUUCUGUGAGAUAGGAGAGUCUUGAUAUGUGUGAAAAGUUCAAGUGGGUUCUGCUUUUCUUACUGCCCCAGCAAGCUUUAAGCUGUGUUGGUGGGUUAUCCCUUUCCCUCUCCCAAGAGAAACUUCAUACCAUCAUGCUUGAAGUUGUUCUGCUACUCUCUUGACCUUAUUUUGGAGCAGCCUGACUUGUUUGGAUCUGUCAGUUCCUCUUCAGUGGAUUUUAAGAGGGCAGUAAAUUUUCAUACAGAAAAUCCAUGUUAAAGAGAGGAAGAAAACUUAGUGACCCACAUGAUUUAUGGUUAUGUGCCUGCUGGAAUCAUCUCUGGUCUUAAUGAGAGCAGCUCUGGAUUUAAAUGAGCCAACAUUUCAUCUAAGAAUCUUCCCAACUCUCACAUUUUUUUCAUUAUAUGUAAUAAGACAUAACAUUUUGUUUUUACUGUCCACGUAAAAGUGACUGAAACAAGCAGUUAAUGGAGUGAACUGCAGUAGCAGCAAAAAGUAUUGGUUUACUUUUUUUUUUUUUUAAACUCUUGUUUACAAACAAAACAAAUCCAACCACCAAACCUCCAAAAGAUACUGAAGAAAAUAGGGAAAAGUAACAGUGUUUGCUCUGGCCUUGUAAGAGCUUUGCUAAAUGCAGAUGUAAGUUCACAGAAUCUAGAAGGACACCUUCUAGCUGCCUUUUUUUAUUUUACUUUUUAAUAUAUUUUUUCUUAGACUCUCAGAAUACACAGUCUGAUGCUAAACCUACUUUGGAGGUCAAUCUUCCUGGUCUAGUGGAGGGUGUCCCUGCCCAUGGCAGGGGGUUUGGAACUAGAUGAUUUUAAGGUCCCUUCCAACCCAAACCAUUCUAUGAUUCUAUGAUAAUACAUUACUUUCUAAAUGUUUUCUUAGUGAUUUUGAAUAAUUUCUUUGCUGACUUGCUACCUUUUUAAAAUGUCAAGGCACUAUAUUAGAGCAUUUGUUCUUUGCCAGUAAGAACUGUAGGUAGGUACAGUGUUUCAUUCUGCAUAUGAAACAUCCUCUAUUAUCAUUUCCACAUAAAGUGAGGAGAAUGUAACAGAGUCAGCUUCCAGAAGAUUAUUGUGACUACAGCAGUAGUCAAGCCCUGAUGGCUCUGUUAAAAGAUAAAGGAAUUUUAAAACUUAACAUUUAUAUCAUUCAUUCCCUUACCUGACAGUAGUUACUAACUACAGCUGCAGCUCCCAAGAAGUCACUUAAGUCUGCUGCCCAGUAAUUUGAUCUCAGGUGUAAUAUACUGAAUAAAUCAAGGAGUCCAAAGUACACCUUUCUAACAAACAUACCUUCCUCCCAUGUAGUGAUACAGGCUUGGACCAUGCUGAUCUUUGAAAACCUUCAGGUGAAACAGAAAGAAAUUACUGUUAAGUUUCCUUUCUUGUAUGUCUGUGUCCACAUGUUAAACUCUCCCUAAGUAAUUGUUGAAUUAAAGCAUCACAGGUUAAGGCCUUUACUUGUAACACUGGUGACAAUUUAAAGACUUCAAAGCUUAUGUUAGAUGAAUUGAUCAUCCCUGCUUCCAAUGAAAUACAACUCAAAAAAGUCUGAUCAUUACAGGAUAAUCUAUUGGAUAUUUAAUAGUAAUUUUUUCAUCAUUUUAAAAAGCUGUUUGUUUAAACAGCUAGCCAGUGGGCUGUUUGACCUGUUCCUGUUGGCAAGCUUUCUCCCCACUUCCACUGUGGAGUGAAUUGUUCCCCCUGAUGAACAGAGCUGUGGAAGCUGGGAAGUGAGUGCCCUGCCACUGUCAACCAUCUGCUCCCAGCCCGCUGAUUAGCUGCUACUGCACAGAACACAGAUCUUGCACAAAUGUCACUGCACUUAAACACAUUAUUCAAACUAAUUGCCAGCAUGAAAACAAACAUUUCACAGGCCAGGAAUACUUUGUAGGAAGACCACUUUCAUAGUAAUUCAGGUAAAUUGGGUAUCCAGCUUUCAUUAAAAAUACCAUUAGCAAUUAUAGGGACUUGACUCCCUGGAAAGCUCCAUUCUGGAGAACUGUGAUUAUUUUUUUUUUUUUUUUUUUUUUUUUUUUUCUCCCCCCAAAUCCAAAUUGCAGAAAUUAGUUGUCAUUUUCCUACUGCUUCCCUGUUUACCUUGAGCAAGUUACCAAAAAUUAAGAGUUUGCUACUGGAUUUAUACAGUGUGGUAGAUUUUGUGAAUAAUAGCAGUAUUCUCUCAUGAAGAAGUGGUAUAUUUUAAUGGAAUUCUUUUUUGGAGCCAAGUACAACAUAUUGCAAUUGAUAUUUCUCUUGAAACAUUUUGACGUACUUGUGACUGUAUUUCUUUUUGAUUGUGUAACAGUAUAAAAUUCAAUAAAAGAGAGGGUUUGUUUCUAAUUCGUGACAUCUGUGAUCCUUCUGUUCAUCCCUUAUCCCUAUUCUAAAAGAUGAUGGCAGAUGGCAAAAGCCACUUUAAAAAAAGUGAACUAAAAACCACCGUGCAGCAUAACUAAGACUCCUUGCAUGUUUGAGGUCUGACUUACUACUGAAGUCAGAAACUUUAAUGCUAGGCACACAUGUGUUCUGUUGUCUUGCCUUUACAGCUGAAUUCUGUUCACACUGAAUCUUAGAAUCAACUAGGUUGGAAAAGACCUUUAAGAUCAUCAAGUCCAACCUUUACCCCAGGACUGCUAAGACCACCACUAAAGCAUGUCACUAAGGGCCUCAUCUACCAUCUUUUUGAACACUUCCAGGGAUGGUAUAGAAUCAUAGAACAUUGGACACAAUGGUUAUCCCACCUGAAUUAAGUAGACUGCAUGCAUGAACUAAAGAGGCCUCUGAGUAAUCACAUCAA